CGUGACUCUUUGAACGCCCAGUGCGAUGGAAAACGCCCAACAUGCACCGAAUGCCUGCGUCGAGAUGCUGUCUGCGUGUAUGACAGACCCGAGGGUGCAACCCGAGUCGACCAGCUCAAAGCCGAAAACAGUGCUCUUACAUCCCAGGUCUCCCGCUUGGAACGCGUCGUCGAUGGACUUCGGUUGAGUACAGACCAAGAUGCCGCGCUCUUGCUGGCGCGCCUCAAACUAGGAGACACGGUCGAUCAGCUGGCCCAUGCCGUGACUUCAGCUUCCGCAUCCCUUUCGGCCAUACCCGACAUCGCCACGCGGGCAGUGACUCCUGGAAGUUCUAUUCAUCACGAUGGAGUCGAGAUCCAGCAUUACCACCCGAAUAUGUUGUUGUCAACCACCCAGGAGGACUUCCUUGCUCCCACCUUCGACCGCAGCGAGUUUGGACACAUUCCCUCAAAUGUCUUGGCCGAGGAAAUUGACCCGAGAGCUGGAAGCGUUGUUGUAUUGCAGACUCCUCCCCAGCCUCAUGCAGAGAUUGACGGGGCUUCCGAGAAGACGCAUACCGCCGGCGUGAAGAUCGUGAAAAUAUGGCCAUUUGCCGUCGGACUCCAGGGUGGGAUAGCCUGGAACGCGCCUCGGCAUAUCCGAGACAACCUUCGGAUUCAUCCCAACAUCCUCAGCGACCACGACAGGCUCGCCGCCCCGGGCACCAUACCUCGCAGCCUGUUCGUGCCCCGUUGGAGCAUGAUGGUCGCCCAUUCGGAUUUCGACGGGACGUUGCGAGGGUUUCUGUUUGGCUUUCUUGCCGAGGCUCAGGCGAGGUUACAAGAGGCGUCGUCGCCAGAGGACGUGUUGGGUACACACGCACAUGUGGGGGCCUUGUGCGACCGGGACCAUUUCGAAAAGGCCCCGUUGCUGUCGCAAUGGGCCGUCAGGGUUGUUCACAGCAUCAUGAGCGAGAGGCGUCGCUCCAUGACGUCCUUUGGAUUCAUGUACGUACUGUUCUGGGUGACGCAGUGGAUGAUUAUGCCGACCGAGGAACAUUUCGAGUCGAUACCCAUGUGGCUCCGCCCGACGCCCAACCAGUACUUUAUGCCACACCCGAUGAUCCUGGACUUUGUGAUCUGGCCCGCUCUCCGGGAAUAUGUCGUCCAGUUCCCCUCGUUCCAUGUCGGCAUGGACUGGCUGGUGGUUCUAUUCGACACCAUCACCUGUGCGUGGCAAGGCACAGUGGAGGAAGCCCUGUGUCAAGACGAGUUAACCGGCGCGACGGAUCUUACCUCUGAGGCAAAGGCAAGCUUGUUGUUAACGCCCUCGUGCCAUCCGCGAGACCGUUGCUAA